AUGUUGACACUCCCUGGAUCUGACACGCUCGAUACGAUGUCGGGCUUGACCUCAGACUACGAAACAGAUUUCUUCGACAUUGAGUCGGCCACUUCGGAGAUCGACAAAGCUGAGUCUCAAGGUACGACGGUGGCCACUGCUAGGGGGGAGUACUACUUUGAAGAUGGUGAUAUUUACAUCCUGGUCGACGACAUCCUUUUCAGGGUUCACAAACAUUUUCUUUCGCCCUCUUCUAUCAGCGGCGCGGAUGUCAGAAAUACGAGGGACGGAUCGAGGGAGGAGGCCCCGAUAGUUGUUCCCCAGGUCACGAAAGAAGACUUUCAGAACCUUUUAUGGGUGUUCUACGACGAAACGCUACAGCGUGAGGCGCCGGCUAGAAAAUGGAUAGGAAUUCUGCUCACUGCAGAAAAGCUUGAGUUGAAACGAGUUCAGGAACUAGCGGUUGCCAAACUCAUCAAACCGGACCUGGACUUCUCAGGCGUAGAUCCGAUUACCCAAAUCAUUGUCCAGCAGCGGCAUGGCAUGGAACUGGAGUGGGCCAGGAAGGCCUUUAUGAUACUUAUUCAACGUCAAGAGUCUCUUACGGAGGAAGAGGCUACGGAGAUCGGGGUCUUCGCCACCGUUACGAUCGCACAUAUGCGCGAAUCGCGAAGACGGCGUAGACAUCAUCCUGCACGGUGGCCGCCGUACCUCCCAUGCGACGACCAAAUAAAGCCACUGCCUGAGGAAUGUGAACCCGGACUUUAUCUCUUACCUACCCACGGAGGUGAAUUCCAUGUCUUAGUGGAAGGGCACAGAUUCUGCGUCCAUUUGUAUAUCUUAAAGCAACACUCCCCAAUUAUUCGGACCAUGCUUGCUACGCGGUCCUCCGGAGACGGAGACCUGUCCCUCCCUGGGAUCAGAAGCCGGCAUUUUUCGUGGUUGCUUCAAUUAUUUUACGAAGAGGCAUUUCAUAUGAAAGCAACACCAACACAGCUCGCUGCUAUACGCCGGAUAGCAGGCCAAUAUGAAAUGGAUGCUGUCAUUGGAUUGACUACAAAGCAAAUGCGAGCAACGAUGACAGCCGUCGAACAAAUCAAGGCAAUAGAUCUGUUCGGUAUAGAAGAUAAGUACUCGCAGGAGCCUUGGAAUGUCGUUCACCAACGAUCCAAGCCCCUGACCCUGCAAGAGGGACGGCAACUGGGCCCUCGACUUUGUGCGAGGAUGGCGAAGCAUAGGGAGGACUCAGGGAGAUUCCCUUAG